AUGGCUGCCUCAUCGCAAACCUCCCAGGUGCCUGAGGGCAUGGAGGGCUUCACUGUCGGCAUCAUUGGCAUGGGCGAUAUGGGCAAGAUGUAUGCUCGGCGACUCGCUGCAGCUGGCUGGAGAAUCAAGGCUUGUGACCGGAUGGACAAGUUUGAGGGCUUGCGAGAGGAGUUCGCCGACAAUAAUAACAUACAAAUCCUCCAAAAUGGACAUCUUGUCUCGAGAACGAGUGACUACAUCCUCUACAGCGUAGAAGCCGCUGUGCUUGGCAAUGUCGUGAAAGAAUAUGGCCCUUCUACCAAGUUGAACGCCAUCGUCGGCGGCCAGACAUCCUGCAAGGCGCCCGAGAUCGAGGCAUUCGAGGCCCACCUACCUCCCGAUGUCGACAUUGUCUCAUGCCACUCCCUACACGGACCCAAUGUUGACCCUCGAGGCCAGCCUCUGGUCCUCAUCAAGCACCGCGCGUCGGACGGGGCGUUCGCCAGGGUCGAGGCGGUCCUCCGGUGCCUCAACUCCAAGCACGUGUACCUGUCCGCGCGCGAGCACGACCGCAUCACGGCGGACACGCAGGCGGUGACGCACGUGGCGUUCCUGUCGAUGGGCAAGGCGUGGCACGCGAUGCAGCAGUUUCCCUGGGAGGGCGCGCGGUACGUGGGGGGCAUCGAGAACGCAAAGAUCAACCUGACGCUGCGCAUCUACUCGCAGAACUGGCACGUGUACGCGGGGCUGGCGAUCCUGAACCCGGAGGCGCGCAAGCAGAUCACGCAGUACGCGCGCAGCACGACGGAGCUGUACAAGCUGAUGCUCGAGGGCCAGCACGACGAGCUGCGGCGGCGGGUGUACGCGGCCAAGGAGAAGGUGUUCGGCAAGGAGGACGAGGAGGCCAAGUGGCCGACGGCGCCGCUGCUGCAGGACAGCCUGCUCGACCGCUUCAGCCUGGGCAAGAAGCCCGAGGAGGGCAAGGCGCUGCCCAACAACCACCUGAGCCUGCUCGCCAUGGUCGACUGCUGGAGCGCCCUGGGCAUCGUGCCCUACGACCACAUGAUCUGCUCGACGCCGCUGUUCCGCCUGUGGCUGGGCGUCACCGAGAACCUGUUCCGCCACCCGGAGCGCCUGGACGACGCCCUGCGCACCGCCGUCGAGGACAACACGUUCCGGUCCGACGACCUCGAGUUCACAUUUGCCGCGCGGGGGUGGGCCGAGUGCGUCUCGCUCGGCCACUUCGAGACGUGGAUGGAGCGGUUCAAGGUGACGCAGCGGUUCUUCGAGCCGCGGUUCACUGAGGCUACCAAGAUCGGCAACGCGAUGGUCAAGGCCGUCCUUGAAACGACGCCGGGGACCUAG